CUUCUUUCCUCUUUCUUCUCUGCUAAUCUUCACACCUUCUGGAGGACAAUGGCUACUGCUGUGUACAAUGAGAUUAUGGAGGAGUUCAGCAUACUCGACAUACAAGUCAAACAAGACUCCAUUCUAGAGAGAUUGAGUGAGCUGUCACAUGACUAUAACCUGGACCCGGCUGCUCUGUGUAACGAGUGGGUUGCCUUUGCGACACAAAAUGGCAAUUGUGAACUUGAGUUCUCUAAUCUGGAACGGUUUGAUAUAGCACUACGAGCUCAGAGUCGUAGGACCCCCGGCCCUCGGAGGGGUGGGGCUAAGACUAAAGGGGGCGUGGCUAAGAUGCACACCAAGGACGACCUGGCUAGCAUAUUUGAUGAUGGCAUUUUUGGCCAGUACGCUACACCAGCAGAUGCAGAGAAGAUGAAGAGUCAAAAGCGUGCUGUGGAGGUGACCACACCCACUAAUCCAGCCAAUAAGAUGAGGAACACACGCAACGGCCCCUCCUCCGUCUCACACAGUAACGGGGCCACACCCACUAACGGCCACACUCGUAGUGCCAUGCCCACCACCCCUUACAGUCACAUGACUGAGAACAGCACACCCCCCUCUGGCAAGUAUGGUGAGAGGAGGAUGUCUGGACGAGUGGUGGCCUCUCUCAAUGACUGCACUGUCCCGGGUAGCUGGAGGGAGGCUCACAGGGACGUGGUUGUUAGGCAACACGGAGACAACCCAUUGAAGGAGUCCAACCAGUACAUGUUCCAGAAGCCCUCUGAGAAGUCAUUCAUUUUGAUGGAUCGUAUCAGGAGCUUUGGUGAUGAGAUCUGUCAGCACAACCGAUUACCAGAGCCACUCUCAUUGGACGAAAAUUCUCCGGAGGGUGGUGUGUUCACUGGUGUGGUGGUGUGUGAGGGGGAGGGGCACCUCAACGCUCGCUCCUGUCUCCUGGAGGGAGUGGGCGGGAGUGUGCGUCAGAAGGGUGUGUGUGUGAAGAUGGUCGUACCGGACAAUGUACAGUGCUCUCUCUUCCCAGGACAGGUGAUUGCUGUCGAGGGUAUCAACAACUCUCACAGUAACACACUGGUAGCAUCCAAGAUAUACGACCAGGGUGUACCACCUCCCCCUGUCUCAAGGUCCGAGCCCUCCAUCUCUGGAUUCACCCUGAUGACAGCUGUGGGUCCAUUCACCACCACUGACAAUCUAGACCUCCAACCAUUGAGGGAUCUACUGGAGCUAGUCCAGAGGGACAGGCCUCAUGUGCUAAUACUGAUGGGUCCGUUUGUGGACUCAGCUCACCAGCAAGUCAAGGAUUGUCAGAUACCAGGUGACAUGACCUUUACCAAAUUCUUUGAAGAGCGUAUCUUGAAACCCAUCACCACUGCUUGCGCUGACAGGUCAAAGGUCAUCCUGAUACCGUCUCAGCGAGAUAUCCAUCACCCCUAUGCAGUGUACCCUCAACCCCCCCUCCCCAUACCUCACACACGUCACACUCUCCACAACUACUCGGACCCCACCACCCUCACAGUCAACGGUGUGUGUGUGGGCGUGACCUCUACAGACGUAUUGUUCCACCUCUCGGCCAGGACCAUGUUCAAAGGUCCCUCCGGUGAUCGAAUGGCUCGGAUUGCCAGCCACACUCUACAACAGAAGUGCUACUACCCCCUACUGCCUGUGUACAGACGUGACGAUCAUAGCACUGCCUCACAACACACACCCACUACUAGUGCGUCCAAUCAAACGCCUGCUACCAUGGAAACUGACGAUGACACCACGGAACUCAACGUGAAUCUGAUCGAUGCAUUUGAGAACGGUCAGGCUCUAUUACCAGUCAAACCAGAUAUUCUGAUUUUACCUUCUGACCUAAAACCUUUCAUCAAGGUACUGGACGGCUGUGUGUGUGUGAACCCUGGUAGACUCACCAAGAGGACCACUGGAGGUACCUUCAUGAAGGUGAUAGUGCCUGACCUACCCUCCAACAAAACUGACCUCUCCAGAAACAUUGGUGUACAGAUUAUACAUAUCUGAGCUCUCUUCUUCAUUUCAUGAACACACGGAAAUGUCAUUCCUUGUGUAACUAAUUGGCUAUGAAUAUCUUUAAUUUAUGUA